AUGUCAACGGGCAAACCCGAGAACGUUACACCUGGAGCUCCACCGAAGAAGUGGGCGCGCCAUCUUCUGGUGCUGCUGGGCAUCGUUUUGCUGGUCUUCGUCUUUGACUCCUUGGUCUUUGGCUCGGUUCCACUGAGCCUGAAGCAGUUCCAGUGGAGCGCCUGCGACUUGGUCAUCAGCUUCCUCCUGGGCGCGUGCGCGCUGCAGGCAUACCUCCUCAAACGAAAGUCGCCAGAGGCCAGGACAGAGAAAGAGGAGAAGGAGAACGGCAAUGGGAAGCCGCCGGCCAAAACGAUGAGCAACAUCAACAGGGAGCUGGACCGAGUGUCGCAGCAGGGGGCGAAGCAGGUGGAGGCCGUCCUCCGCAAGUUUGAGGGUGUGCCAGGGGCCCUGGAUGCCUUGAGCUACAAUCUGGUGAUCCGCGCGCACGCCAAGGAGGGCAACCACAAGCGAGCCGGGGAGUGGAUCAUGCGCAUGGAGGAGCGGGGCAUCAAGGCCACGGUUCUGUGGCACUUCCUGCGGGACAUCGACCCUUGGAGCCUUGAUGCCUGGCGCCUCUUCGCGUCGAUGGGGGCGCAAAGGGCCAACCAGCAGGUCUACGACUUCAAGAGCCGCCUGCGGGGCUUGUUGUCCGCAACUCCUUGGAGGGAGGUGGAGGACAUGGCCAUGGAGCACAGCCGCCUGUGCGCUCGGAGCAUGCUCCGCAUCGAGGUCUUCCAGCAGUUCUGCCUCUGGCGCCUGGCGACUUCGCAGGGUAAAAUGGUGGUCGAGCUGGAGCCCGAGGAGUGUGAGAUGUCGCACUUGGCGGAGGUCUACCGCGUCACCGCGGCCAACCGCGACUUCUUGGCCUACCAGCUGCUCCCAAGCCUCCGGACGCCGCGCUUCGCACCACCUGCAGCGUCCGUGUUUGUGGGCCCGGUGGUCUUGCAAGUGGUCUGCCUGGGCCGCGGAGUGGCCCGGCAGGGGAUGGCCAUGCUGCGCCAAGCGCUGAAGUUGCGCUCCUCCUGGGCCCUGCGGAUCUUCGUGCUGUCGGAUGCGGAGGGCUGGGCGGACUGGCAACAGGCGGUCGAGGAGCUUCGGACGGAGGUGUCGCUAGAAGGCGUCAGCUUUGAAGCGGUGCAUUUUGAGCGGAGCCCGCAGUUCCAAGCCUACCUGAGAAAGUACCCGGCGGAGUGCAUGUUUCAGAAUGCUGUCGAGAGGGCAAUGUUGGCCCGAGUGCUUUGUCAUGAGCUGCUUCCAAACGACAUCAGCCACGUGAUUUCCAUGGAUUUGGGUGAUGUUUUGAUUUUGGAGGAUCUCUGGCAUCUCUGGGUCCUGCAGGAGGAGUCAUCGUCCACAUCUUUGCUCCAGGCGUCCCUUGCUGGGGCGCUGCAUCACGUGAACGCGGGGGUGGUGCUGUACCACACAGCGCGCAUGCGCGAGGCCAACUUUACCGAUCUCAGCCUGCAGGCGGCGCACGCGGCCUUUGAGCAGGGCAAGCAGCACGCGGCAUCGCUGGAGUGCCCCAGGGACCAGGCGAUACUGAACCAGCUGCACGAGGACGGCACGGCAGUCAUCGGCUUUCUCCCGUGCCGCUGGUCCCUGUUCCCCGUGGUGGACUGGCACCCCGCCUUCCUUUCGCGCACGGAGACCCGCGCGCUGUGGCGCCCGGAGCUCUUCGAAAGGCUGAGGUACCCGGGGCUUCUUGCCGCGGAGCACGUGGAGUUCCACUGCCCCGAGGCAGCGGAGCUUUUGGCAGCCUUUGCCUUCUUGCCCGGCUCGGAGAAAGGCCCCGGCAAGGUGCAGCAGCUGGCGGCGCUGGCGGAGGCGGCGGCGCGGCCCGAAGUGCGGCACGGCUGCGCCUGCGGGGAGAGGGCGAGCUUGGCGCACGUGGCCGGGGAUCUCAAGGCCUGGCCGGCCAUGCGGCGGUUCCUGGCGGCGGGGAGGCCAGGCUUGGAGGAGGAAGAGGGCCUUCCGAGCCCCAGCCGGCAGUGGUGGGGCGGAGCCGCGCGGAGCAGCCGGCUCAGGGAGCAGAGCCAGCAGCAGCUCUUCCUCAUGGCGAAGCAGCAGGGCCUGGACUACGUGACGCAGGUGGGCGCGUCCUGGUGCCACACGAUGUGGACCACGCCGCGGGUUUACCACGCCGCCCGCUUGGAGGUGACGAAGGAGAACCAGUUGGAGAUCGAAACCACCGCCGCGCGGCUCCGCGUGCGGCUGACGCCGCUGACGCCUACGGCCUCGGCUGCGCUGGAGGUGACUUUGCGCACCGCAGACCUCACGCUGGACGUGGCGUCUGACGGAGACGCGGCCGGAAGGCAUCGCCUGAGUUGGAGCGCGUGCCUGGAGCGGGAGUGGGUACUGACAAGGUGGCGGCUGUCCGCUUCGCUUGUGGAGCUCUGUGGUGCCUCGCUGCACCUCAACGCAUCGCUCGGCUUCCCCUUGGGUUUGUGGGUGGCCAGCGAGAGCGAGUCCGCACGCUGGGCCGUUUGCGUGAAAAGGUGA